GACAACAAAGCGACGGUACUAAGGUUGUUGGGCUGUCAAACCGUGCAAGUAGAAGAAACAAGUUGGACCCAGUGGCCUACCGAAUCCUGCGAGGACGUCUGUCACGAAAGCUCGGUAUUAUGUAAAUGAGCAGUGGCUGCAACUGGCUCUAGCGAGUUCACGCUCAGCCGACCACAGAACGCGAAUUGGAAAAUGUGUUCAGCAAUUUCUCUCCAACGAACCGAGGAAUCAAUCGAUAAAUUCCAGUGCAAUUGAAUCUGAAGCGGCCGCCGUCGUCUCCCAGCUGCAGCGAUUGACCUGAACUGCAAACAGUGCAAGAAGUCGUCGAAGAGGAAAAUUGUGCUAUGCCGUCGGCGUCUGCGGCGACUUCGAUUGGUAAGAGGGUUCGCGAAGGUUAUGAAAAUGAAUAAGGUGCUGCUGUUCUUGAUCAUUGUGAGCGGGUUCCUGGUGAUCUUUUAUGCCAACAGUGACUUCUUCUCGCGGAAGUCCUUGUGGGCGAUUUUCCAACCGGAUUUGGAAGACGUGCGCCCCUUGCAUAAUUUCACGGCGGAAAUCAAGCGGGUCAAGUACUCUCCACGGCACAACGACACGGAGUACAACAUUUUUGUGAUCUACGCGAAGCAGAAUUAUCAGUUGCAGAAGAAGUUCGAAUUGUUCGCCAAAAGCCUCGUAAAAUACACAACGAUCAAAGUACAUCUGCAUAUCAUCACGGACGAGAAGAGCGAGCUGUCGGCCGAGGAGCUGCUGCGGGAACAAAUCAAUCAUUACAAAAAAUCAAUUUACUACACUUUCUACGAUGUGGAGGAAUGCGCGGAAAAAAUCAGUGACAUUGUACACGCGAUGAUGCCAUAUUUUAGCUCUAAUCCAGGUUCAUACUACAGUGACGCCCUCUUCUACCUUUCUCUCGGCCUACACCGGAUAGCAGAUCCACAAAUGCGACGUGCAAUCCUAAUUGACUGUGAUGUUGUCUUCCGCACGGACGUUCGUCUUCUCUUCAACGAAUUCCACAAAUUUUCCAUAGACAAUUUAUUCGGUCUAGCACCGGAGCUUACGCCGGUCUAUCGUCACAUCCUUUAUCGCUAUCGUGCCAACUAUGUAAACACGAACUUUGGAAGCUCUUACUACCCCAGUUCUGUGAUGAGAAGCAAACAUAAGCAUAAACACAUCAAGCAUGGAUACCCAGGAUUGAAUUCGGGGGUAGUGAUGUUUGAUUUCCAACGAAUUCGUGAAUCACGCCUAUAUCUUGAAAAUCUGAAAGAAGGAUAUGUUCGUAAAAUAACGCAGAAGUAUUCAUUCAAAGGACAUCUUGGUGACCAGGACUACUUUACACUGCUUGGCUACGAAUUCCCAGCGUUGAUCUAUCGUCUCGACUGUGUGUGGAAUCGACAACUUUGCACCUGGUGGAAAGAUCAUGGCUACAGCGAUGUGUUCGACGCGUAUUUCCAUUGUGAAGGCAAAGUUAAAGUAUAUCAUGGCAAUUGCAAUACACGUGUUCCAGAAUAGUUAGGUUUUCAUUUGUUUCUACGACUUAGAUUUUUUAGAAUUGUGAAUUCCAUACGUUCAAGCGUGAAUGUUUGAAACAAUAUAGAAGACACAUAAGCCGAGCAUUUACUCUAUAGAAUAGAGCAUUCAAAUGGCAAACAUGUAGCAUUUAAGUAGUUUUAGGCUAGGCCAAUUUAUAUACAUAUAUGAGUUAAGGUGCAAUCUCUUUUCCUCUCUUUCCUAAACGAAUAGUUCUGUGAGAUUUACCGUAUUCUGAAGUCAAAUGGCGCAAUUCGAGGUGGAUAUCAACCCGCUAGGCGGCACGUUAGAAUCUUGACUUGCGAACAAUUGAUAUCUUACAGCAUCAUUGUUCGACGUACUUUCAAAUAUGCAUACACAAACAUUAAAAGCAUUGGAAACUUUUCAAACAUGUAUUUGACAUUUAAAUUUAAUUUAAAAUAUUAUGACAAAUUUACUUCCAUUUCGACUGGUGUGCAAUAUAAUUUUUGAGGUAUUGGCUGGCCCGACUCUCGUUUCAUUCGCGAGACCUAUCUUUAAAAAAUAGGAUGUGAACAGCGGGACCACUAUAUUUAACUUUCUCUGAGUAUUUUAGUGAUCUGCAAAAAAAAAAAACAAAUUAUAAAAUUGUAUAAUUUACUUGAUUUGAAGAAAAUUCAACUUUUUAGAUACUUACAGAGAAUAAAAACUUGAAUUUGCUGUGAUAGCGCUGCAGAUGAUUUAAUUGUAGAUUUUCGGAAAAAGUUCUCGUUCUGUCUGCACAACGCGCAAGUUGUCUUGUGUGUUGGUGAAUAGUACGUGGAAAUUUGUUAGCUCGGUGUUUUAUUUCUAUUAGUUUUUCGCAGAAGUUUGCGAAGUUAUUAGUGAAAGUGUUGUCUUCCCCUGAACCUUUUGUUAGUUUUACUAUCUUUUACCAAUUUUUAAGAAGUGUCCUUAAUAGACAUUUACAUUUAGAUUUCGAGAGUCUAAAUUAAAUGCUUAAGCUAAGCCUGAUUCAUUCUGAAUUUUGUUUUUUCUUGAUAGAAAUUAUCAUUAUGGAUUAAAACUCGAAACAUAUCUCGAAUCUGCUGUACUUAAAAUAAGUUAAACUUUACUUUGAUCAAUAGAUUUAAGCAGCAAAAUCACGUAUUUCAAUGAAUUUAUUUUACAACUGUUACAGAUACUAGUGCAUUAUAUAUACAUAUAUAACCACAAUAACCACAUAUGUUAAACUAUGCAAUACUAUGACAAAUUGUUUUGAACAAAUAUAAUCUCAUCUAUGACAAAAGGCCUAAAA